CCUGUAUCUUCAACUUGUGUGACCGGUUGCUCCUGCAGAGAUGAUAAACUGGGAAGGUCUUUGCUAUGUAUGGGAACCUCCUUGAGACAAAUCCCAGAGGACAUCCCACAAGACUUUGCUAAAAUACGAAUUGAAAACUGCCACUUGACAGAGUUACCUCAAGGGUCUUUCUCUAAAGUUAGUACCUUGGAGUUUCUCUGGCUGAAUUUCAAUGAGAUCACCCUGAUGAACAUCAAAAGUCUUGGGGGGCUGGCUAACCUGACAGAGCUCAGGCUACAAGGGAACAAGUUGACCACUGUGCCAUGGACAGCGUUUCAAGACACACCCAAACUCAAGAUUUUGGACUUAAAGCACAAUCAACUAGACGUCCUGCCUGAGCAAGCUCUGAGGUACUUACUUGCCCUGACCUACUUAGAUUUAUCCUUCAACCAGCUUAGCGUGAUAUCAAAAGAUGUCUUCCAUAACUGGCCACUUUACGAGACAGCACAGAAAGCAUGGGGGAAAGAAGGACUGGUGUCGAAUGUUGUUCUGGCACUGCACGACAACCCAUGGUUGUGCGACUGCAGACUCAAGGGCUUUGUUGAAUUCAUCAAGAGCGUCAGCCCUCCCAUCAUUCUGAUGAACUCUUAUCUGAUGUGCUCAGGCCCCGCCUCCAAAGCUGGCAAGUUUUUCCAUGAGAUCCCAGUGAAAUCCUGCAUGAAACCAGAGGCCUCUUCCCCAGAGACUAACAUCACUUUACCUCUGGGAGCAAAUGCAACACUUUCAUGCUUAGUCAAGGCCAGGCCGAGCCCUACCAUUCACUGGAUGUACAGUUUGAAGAUUAUAAGAGGAUUUACUGUUACAGAGACCCAGGUAGACGAGGAGACGGUCACCUCCCAGCUGGUGAUCCCCUCUCUUCACCUUGCGGAGCGAGGACUCUACACCUGCGUGGCCAACAACUUCAUUGGCAACUCCUCUGUCAGCAUUAUGGUGGACAUCAGCUCCUCUCCCUCCUCCUUUCCUCUCCCUCCACCCGCCCCCAUGUUGUCAUCUGAUCAUAACACCUUCAUUGAAAUCCGAAUCGCAAAGCAGACAAUUUACGGUAUCACCCUGGAUUGGCAUGCAGAGACGGACAACCCAGCGGAAACAUGGUUCACCAUCCACUUUGGCAAGUAUGAUACACCCAAAAAGGAGACGAUCUACAUUGGCCCCGGCAUCAACAGCUACUCCGUUGGCAACCUGCUUCCUGUCACCAAAUACGAGGUGUGUGUGAGCCUGAAAAACCAUCCGCCGAGGGAAGGUGAAUGCAUCGUGUUCGUGACGGGAAAUGACAUCAGUGAGAUGGAGCAAAGAAAGAGACUUAUACACAUUAUUGUUAUCGUGUGCGCCAUGGUGCUGGCUGUGCCGGCCGGCAUGUAUGCUUGCACCACAGAGAUCAGGUUCACCUGCGUGGAACGCUGCAUGGAUCUUUGGAUGAAGCGAAGACAGGAAAACAGAGAGAACCAGCCUGGGACGGAGAGGCAGGGAACCUUUGACAGCCUGCAGGCGACCAGUGAAGAAGUCCUGUGCAGGGAGUUGGAGGAGAAGCCGAAACGGAAGCGAGAGAAAGGAGGAAGUGCUGCUUAUAUGUACUAG